AGGGGAUGCCUGCUCCUUGGCGGCAGUGUCCGGCAGGACCCCGGGAGCGGCCCGUCGCGAUGGAGACGGCCGAAGCCGUCCAGGAGUAGCCCAAGCAGUCCACCACGUCAAGCUCUGCUCCCAAGUUUCUGAGUGACCUGGGUUGAUACGGAUCGACCCAGGUAAUCUCGGGGCGAGGGGUGCCCGGCCCUGCCCUAGGGAUCCCAGAGGAGUGAGCAGCGAGAUUCACAGAAAGGACAGCAAGCAGGAUGGAGCACUACCGGAAAGCUGGCUCUGUAGAGCUCCCAGCACCUUCCCCAAUGCCCCAGCUUCCUCCUGAUACCCUGGAGAUGAGGGUCCGCGAUGGCAGCAAAAUUCGCAACCUGCUGGGGCUGGCGCUGGGUCGGUUGGAGGGUGGUAGCGCGCGGCAUGUGGUGUUCUCAGGGUCUGGCCGGGCUGCUGGGAAGGCUGUCAGCUGUGCUGAGAUUGUCAAGCGUCGGGUCCCAGGCCUGCACCAGCUCACCAAGCUGCAUUUCCUGCAGACCGAGGACAGCUGGGUCCCAUCCUCACCUGACACAGGCCUAGACCCCCUCACAGUACGCCGCCAUGUACCUGCAGUGUGGGUACUGCUCAGUCGGGACCCCUUGGACACCAGUGAGUGUGGAUACCAGCCCCCAGGGGCACCCCCUGGCCUGGGCUCCAUUCCUAGCUCCAGCUGUGGCCCCCGACCCCGAAGAAGGGCUCGAGACACCCGGUCCUGAAGACUUGCUGAGCCAGGCUGUUCUCCAGGCCUGAAUGUCUGGGAUGGCUGUGCCUUCUCUGAGAAGCCCCCAUGAUUGCUUUCAACAUCCCCAGCAAGACUUGAAUCCAUAAAAGUGGGCCUCCCAGUCCUGCUUCUCUCUAGCAUGUGGGAAGGGACUGCUAUGAAGAGUAAUAUGUGUGGGGUCUCUGCUGGGUUCUGGAUUGCUCAAGAAGGGCUUACUCUGCCUUCCACCUACAGUGCAUCUGAUUUACCUUCUGACAGAGGUCCAGGGAGGGAGUUAGGAAAUAAAGGUUCCUGCCCAUUUGUCUGAUGAA